AUAUUCUUAUUCCCCUCAGGCUACAACGUUUCCAUUCCCUCGAGACAGCAGCCAUGCAGGAAUGGCGGACCCGCUUUCCAUCGCUGCCAGCGUCAUCACCCUAAUCCAGGUCUCGGCCCAGGUGACCGUCCUACUCAAGCAGUUCCGAGACGAAGUGAGUGCCGUGGACGCGACGCUCAAUGGGCUGCUCCAGGAUGUCGAGGGCUUCCAGCAAGUGCUAGAGUCCAUGAAAGAGACGUUCGAGCAGGAGGACAUCAAGGCGAAUCUGCAGGCUACAGGGCACGUGGGAAAUCAUUGGAAGAAUCUCGCGCGUUCGUUGAGAGACGGGGAGGGGACGCUCCAGCAGGUGCACGGUCUGCUAGAUGCCGUCAACAAGACCACCUCCUUCCUCGACGGGCCACGGAAGCAGCUGCGCUUCAAAGCCGCGGUUGAACAGAUUGCCUGCUAUCGAGAGCAGAUACAGUCGUAUCGGGGCGCACUUCAAUUAUCGCUCAGCACCAUCAUUUUAUGGAACCAAGUUACCUUCCAAAAGUCAACUGAUAGCAUACCGGAGAAGAUCCUGCCGAAUCUAGACAAGCUUUACGACGAAUUCCGAAAUCUCGGCAUAGCACUCAACGCUAAAAUCGAGAAUUUGCAGGCUAUGGUAUCGGAUAGCAACCGCCAGGAGCUGGACUCUAUGAAUAACCUAAGAGAAUGCGUCCGCUCGGCGGCUGACGUCGUCUCUACAGCUUCCACCACUCUUACGGCUGAGACUAGUGAUAAGGCGUCAGUAAAGUUUGGAUCAGACUUCGGUGACAUCUUCCCGAGCGCAACGAACGAAACAGUUGUGAGAUGGAUGCGUGCAAACGUUAUUCAUGAGUACGACGAUGCCGAAGCCCCGCCGCUGCCAUCGGAAUCUAGCCUUGGUGACGCACCCACUGAGUACCAGUCAGACAGCGACUCUGAUAUCGAAAACGAGAUGGUUCGAGCAUUGCUCAGUGAUGGCAAGGCCUUCCACGGGGAAGGCCUGAUAGACAUUCGCUAAUGUACCGCCGCAUUCGCAGAGACGGAAAGACCAGGGAGACCUAAGCGGAGCGGUUCGUCAUUUCAAGAAUUGCCUUUCUAGGAUAAACUCGAACGGCAGCUACACU